UAUACAAGAUAACAAGGGGAUGUGACGGUUGAACUUCCACGUAGAUUAUAAAGUGGGAGGACCACCAAGGCUUGGGUAAAAAGAGAGAAAUCCAGAACAUCUGAACAUGCAUUAGCGGUUGUUUUUCUACUUAGUGUCUGGGCAAAGAUUGGAAGAAAUAGCAAGAAACAGAAAACAACACCAGCAACAAUAAGAAAAAGACUUUUGCCACCACCCUGCAUCUAAGAGGAAAGGGACACGUGCCUUCUGGGGACCUUACUACUCCUAAGGCAGAACAUUGGAUCAACUGUGCUUACCAUGCAAGGUAUGCGUCUAUGUCUGAGCCUGGCUUUGCUACUGCCCUGGUGCAGCCAGGGCCAAAGGAUGGGAUUUGUCAGUGACAAGGUUGGAGAAGAAGACACAGAAAGUAAUUUGUUGUCUGUCAACAUUGUAAACCGCAGUGGCAUCCUGGGAUCCCUGCUACCCCAAGAGUUCCACCCAACCCUCCGGCAGGCCCGGGCCCCACGACCCUACUCCCAGGUCCCCAAGAGAGCCCAGCAGGGGUCCCGCUUCGCCCUGUCCCUAGAUGUGCCCACCAGCAUUCUCAGUGUCCUCAUAGACCUGGCCAAGAACCAUGACAUGAGAGCCAAGGCUGCUGCCAAUGCAGAGUUGAUGGCACGCAUUGGCAGGAGGAAAUAAGGACUGGGGUUGAUUCUCAUAUCACUGGGGGUGUUGAUAUUCAAAACCAGGUUGGGGGAAACUGUUUUUGUUUGAUGAAAAUUACCUUGAAGCUUUCAAUUACAUGUCUAUUUUAUUUGUUCUAUAUUUCUAUUGCAGCAUUUUUAUUUAGUUUUAGACAAAAUGUUUCCACUGACUGCCUGUACAAAAUGAUUAAGGAAGAUAGAGAAAAUUGUGCCAGUGAAAUGUCACUGAUCAAAUGAAAGAUAAAGCUGGUCUUUUUUCUCUGCUACAGUGAUCAAGGGCAGAUAAAAAUGUAAUAGUAACAGAUAGGGAACCAUUUAUAGUGUAUGUAUUGUGUUUGUAUGUGUAAUAAACUAAGGAAAGGUUGCAAAAUAAAAUCAGACAAUGGAACCUCAUUUAUCUUAACAGCUUGCUUCUCCUGUCCUGACGUCAGAGGCCUUUAUUAAUUACAAGCAUCAGUAACCAAUAAGGCACAAGCUAAUAAGCAAUACCUCCCAUGCGUCAUUCCCAACAGGUUUUGAUAACAGAACAAUAGCAUGAAGAG